UCAUGUGGCCUCCGCGUCAGCAGCCUCGACAUGAAAACUUCUGUAGAACCCAGCGCAGUGACUAGGGCAUCGUCCUCUAAUAUAACCACGGACAAUGCACCUUACUACGCUUCGAGGGCGAGGUCUGAGAAUCUUCUGAAUAUGUCCCGCUCCAUCGCAUUCCAUCACAAUACAGACAAAUAGUCUGUAGUCUGUAUGCAGGCAAGAAGAAGCAGAAUGUCUCCUUAACUCCAUCCAUAAACUAUAUUUCUCAGGGAAGAACAAUAACCAAAAGCGGCUGUGAAAAACCUUUUGCCAAGGGACAUAGUGCACCGAUUUUAACAU